AUGUCUGGAGCUAGGACCCGAAGACAGGCAGCUUUGGCCGCCGCGGCUGACGAAACUCCCAUCAAGGCGACGCCUGAGCCCCGGCAAGAACAGCACGUCGUCGUCAAUGGCAAUGGCUCAGCCCAUGCCUCCGGCGACGGCGUUGCCCAGAAUGCCCAAUCCACGGAGAACAUCUUCUUCUUCAUACCCAACCUGAUUGGCUACGUCCGCAUCGUCCUCGCCAUUUCGUCCCUCUACUACAUGCCGCUGCACCCUCGGACCUGUUCGCUCCUCUACAGCGUCUCCUGCCUCCUUGACGCCCUCGAUGGAUAUGCCGCGCGGUACUACGAGCAGAGCACGCGCUUUGGUGCCGUUCUCGACAUGGUGACGGACCGAUGCACGACCUCGUGCCUGCUGGUGUUCCUCUCGUCCGCAUUCCCCCGGUGGGCCAUCAUCUUCCAGAGCUUGAUCUCGCUCGACUUCGCUAGCCACUACAUGCACAUGUACACGACCCUUGUGAUGGGUGGCUCGAACACGAGCCACAAGUCGGUGGACAAGAGCAGGAGCUGGCUUCUGAACCUUUACUACACCAACAAGGUGGUUCUGUUUGUUGCAUGCGCAUUGAAUGAGCUGUUCUUCAUCGCUCUGUACUUACUGUCCUUUUCCUCGCCCACCCUUUCGCCCGCGCUCCUGUCGACCCCAGUCGCGGAUAACCUCCAGGCGGGAGCCCAGGUGAACAGUUCCGUGUUGGAGAAGGUCUUCACCAGCCCCUACAGCGCCGCAGCCCUCGAGCUCGCCCGCGCCAACAAGAUGGACAGCACUGUCCCCUGGAUCCUCGCCGGCAUCAGCUUCCCUGUCAUGGCCUACAAGCAAAUCAUGAAUGUCAUCCAGCUGGUCAAGGCUAGCAAGUGGCUGGCUGAAGGGGACGUUGCCAUGAGGCAAGAACAGGGCCUGCCCAGGAAGAAGGGGAAGACUGCUUGA